AUGUCAAUCGGCGGCCCUUGUCUCUGGGUAUCUUCUUUAUCCUCGCCUGUUCCCUCUCUAUCUGCUGUCACUUCUCAUUUCUCAUCGGCUUAUCACGGUGACCGUUUUUCUUCGCCAAAGACUGUAUCGCCGUUGCGAAACCUGCAGAAGGAACGAGAGCAGCGUGCCCCGGGCGGACCAUCUGCUACUGUCAUGCAACCUGCUGGUGUGAGGGCUGAGAAUGCCUUGACGACUUCCCCCAUGCCUGGAAGUUCAACUGGGACGGGACCGUAUCCCGAGGGAGAAAUCCUAUCGCGCGGUACGGAAGCCCAACGGUCUACAGCGAGCAGAGAAGCUUUACUGCCUCGAGUCAAGCUCGAGAUUCCGGGUGACCGGACAGGCCUUUCCAUGUCUCAGCAGGUUGUAUCCGAUCAACACGGCGAAUCGUUGAGCGACAACCAGAUGGACUUCGACAAGGAAGAUCCUGACAGAGAGUCCACCAUCAGUCCUUCCGAUGAGAGGGGCGAUGCGGUGGGCAGCGACGAUGAUAGCAAGAUGUCAUCCUUGGAGAAGAAGAAAAUGAAGCGAUUUCGGUUGACUCAUAACCAGACCCGCUUCUUGAUGAGCGAGUUCACUCGUCAGGCACAUCCAGAUGCUGCUCACCGGGAGCGUCUGUCGAGGGAGAUUCCUGGCUUGACUCCUCGUCAAGUGCAAGUUUGGUUUCAAAACAGGAGAGCAAAGCUCAAGCGUCUGACAACAAAUGAUCGUGAGAGAGUGCUCAAGUCGAGAGCCCUUCCUGAUGACUUCGAUACCACGAAGGUUCUUCGGACCCCUUUUGAGAGCAAAUCAACGGGGCCAACUCCCAUUGCAUCGCCACACGACUAUGGGGUCCCGAAUCCAGACUUUGCAGCCUUGAGAACGCUACGAACGGACUGCUUUCCGCGUCACAAUGAGGAAGACUACCUCGUCUCGCCCCUGAGUUCUGCGUCGACCGCCGGAACUUACAUGUCUUCUGCUGGACAGGGACCACAAUCCAACAUGAUGUUCAGUCGACCUGCCGCCUCGGCAUCUAUGCAUGAUCUGCACCGGACGAUCCGAAGCGACUAUUCCAUCACCAGAUCAAAUAGUCUAUCAGACGCUCCGUCUCAGCAACCUUCUUUCCACGCAGGGUAUCCUCUUCACAAUCGAUUCGCAGCCCCUUCAAACCCACCAAACAUGCCCUAUGGAAGGCAAACCAUGGACUAUGGCGUUCCUCGCUCGAGCCAAAUGGUGACGGGAUACGAUCAGCACCAGCCCUUCGAAGGAUCGGUAUCGCCAACAGACUCCCAGGGUACACAAAUGACAUACGACAUGGGAAAUCUAGGCACCCAGUCACAAAACUACCAAUCCCAACUGGCAAUGUCUACACCAAAGGAUUACAGUGGAAUGGGAAUAGGCUCCCAAAUACCAGGCCAUGGUAGACCCAUGCCGACUCUUCAGUCCCUUCCGGUCUCUGCCGCUCAAGAAUACCGACCUUACCCAUAUGGCAACCCGACUGUUGGAGCAAUCCCUUAUUCACAAGCCAACAACACCUCACCUUUAAUCCCAACAACAUAUGCCCCAUCCAACCAAGGCGCUACUGCCCACGAUCAAAUGCAGCAGCAUAAUCCGCAGACUCUCGAGUCCAUGCGAAGCAAAUUUGGCAAUCCAUCUUUCAACUACGCAAACUAUAUCCAGCAAUAA